AUGGCAGUUAAAACUGAUUUAACUUGGUCAAAAUCUGAUUGUGCAGCGACUCAGUAUUUCCUGUGUAAACGUCCAACUGGUAUAACCUGUGGACCACCAACGCCAGCCCCUCCUGUGAUUAUCACACCAGCGCCAACGAAUCCAUCAGGAUGUAACUCAACUGCUCUUUUUGAUGCCGGAACAAUUACUUCGCCCAAUUAUCCUAGUACUUUUCCAAUCCCCUCAUAUUGUGUUUAUAAGUUGACAACUCUUGGUGCAUACCGUAUUGGCAUAUAUUUCUCGGAUCUCUCCAUGUCCCAAAAUUCAUACGUUCUAGUGUAUGACUCAAAUGGAUCACUGAUUGUUUCUCUGACGCGAUCUUCAUCGUUGGGAAACUAUUACAGCAGCUCCAACACAAUGACUGUCUCUUUCACAAGUGGGAAUUAUAAUGGAUAUCGUGGAUUUUCAGCAAAAUUUUUAUCCUUCUAA